UGUCAUUGCGUCCAUUCAACAAACGUGAAGAAUCCAAUAUCAUUGGCGGAUCCAGGGGGUGGGUGGCCCCUGGCCCAGCCCUCUUCUGGAUCCGGAGUUAGAAUAAUCAUUAUAAAUUUGUCGGUUUUAGUCAUUCAGCCCAGUGUUAUUUUAUAAUAUGAUUGUGUAUAAUUAGAAAAAUGAUUCAGAUGAACAUAUUCAAUUCACUACUCUAAAUUAUCCUAGAAAUUCUAGCCCCAAAGGUUUUUCGUCUAAAAAAAACAAUGAAACUAAAAAUCCUAAAGUCUAAAGCAUAAAAGACUAAAAGAAAUAUGAGGUUUGUUCCCUUAAAAUUUUACUAGAGCAGCAUGGUGGAUAUAGGGAUGGACACACAGUGCAAAUUGAUUAGUCAAUUGAUUUGUCUAGUGUUGAUGCUUCUCGUUUCAACAACUACCACGCAGAGAACCUAUUCAACAAUGAAACAUGUGAAAAAUGAUUUGCGCAACAAAAUGAGCGAUGAAUUUCUCACUGAUUGCUCAAGUAUUUUAUUUGAAACAUAGUUGGUAUGAAUGUAGAUUUCAUUAUUGAUGCAUUCGCUAAAUUAAAAGACCGUCGUGUACAAUUGACAUUGUAAAAAAAAACUAUAAUCAUAAUAUUUUUUUUACGAUACCGAAUUUUCUAAUGAAGUGCGACCCAGUGCUCUGCUGUGUUCUGGAUCCACCACUGUCCAAUACGUUAUUGUUCCUCUACCCCUAUAAAGUCAUUUUCACAUAUAAUUGUGAACACCAAUACACCAUAGCAAAACACUAUGGUGAGUAUGUUGCGAUCCUUUCUCCAUAAAGAUCAAUGAUGGUCAUCAUUUCGUUAAAUUCGUUUGAGCACCAAAUAAGGGGUCGUUUGCUUCAAGGAUUUUAUAACGAGGGUUUUGUCAUGGAUUUGCUAGUUAAAAACCUUGGGAUUUAUUAGGGAUUUUAAGCAUUAUGGAUUUGAGGAAAUCCUUUGUUUGUUGAGCUAUUUUUAUCAUGGAUUUGAUGGUUUUUCAGCUUGUCUCCAAAUCCCAGGGUAUGAGGUGGGAUUUAUAAAACCGUGGGGCCCAAGGAUUUGGAGCAAAAAUAAAACCCAAAUCCGUGGGGCCCACAGAUUUAUCUAAACAUUUUUUGACAAAGCAAACAACGGAUUGUGUGUAAAUCCAUGAUGAUUAAUUUUUUUUGUACCAAAUCCAUGAUGCAAAUCCUUGAAGCAAACGACCCUAAAAGACACUUUCUCCUACAAAAAAUGGUAUAACUCACAAGAACAUAGCAGAGGCUGGACUAAGCCGGUGAAGUCGCUUCGCUUCGCUGGCCUGCUCUGUUCCCCCUAACCCCUUCUCGUUGGCCGUAAGCUUUUGUUCGCCUGCCGCGACUCCAUUAUUCGUCAGCCUAAAUUCCUAAUCCCAAUCCAAUCAAAUAAAACUAACAACUCCAGUUCACCAAUUCCCAACCGGAAACUGGAAAAUCCAUGCCACCGCGAUCGAAUUAGUUUCAGCGCGCAGAAUCACGAAGGAAAGAGUAAUUUGUUUCUACAGAGGUUAAGGGGGGUGUUGAGAGUUGGAUGGCGAUUCUCUACGCGGUGGUUGCUCGAGGGACGGUGGUGCUGGCGGAGUUCAGCGCCGUCACGGGGAACACGGGCGCGGUGGCGCGGCGAAUCCUGGAGAAGCUGCCAGCCGACGGCGACACCAGGAUAUGCUUCUCGCAGGACCGUUUCAUAUUCCACAUACUCAGAUCCGACGGCCUCAGCUUCCUCUGUAUGGCUAACGACGCCUUUGGGAGGAGAAUCCCAUUUUCGUACUUGGAAGACAUUCACAUGAGAUUCAUGAAGAACUAUGGCAGAGUAGCCCCGUAUGCUCCUGCAUAUGCAAUGAAUGAUGAGUUCUCAAGGGUGUUGCAUCAGCAAAUGGAAUUCUUCUCUAGUAACCCAAGUGCUGAUACUUUGAGUCGUGUCAGAGGUGAAGUGAGUGAGCUCCGGACAGUGAUGGUCGAUAACAUUGAGAAGAUACUGGAGAGAGGUGACCGGAUCGAGCUUCUUGUCGAUAAAACCGCAACCAUGCAAGAUGGAUCGUUCCACUUCAGGAAACAGUCUAAACGCCUUCGCAGAGCUCUUUGGAUGAAGAAUGCCAAACUUUUGGCGCUGUUGACGGUCUUGAUAGUCGUGUUACUGUACUUCCUAAUUGCUGCUUUCUGCGGAGGCAUCACUUUACCCUCGUGCAGAUCUUGAGCAGAGGUAUGCCGUGUCCUUAGAUUUCUUGCCAUGAUCAUCUUCAGGGCUCUCUUUUCUUUUAAUCUCAAACGAAAAGCGAUCUCGUGAAAACGAAUGGACAAUAAACACGAAGACUUUGAAGUCGGAACAAUGCUGGCUUCUUCGGUUGUGAUAGGCGGUAUAUGAUUGUGUUCACACCAUUUUACUCCCUUUCUUGUAAAUUCCUGGUCUCCUGGAGUCCUGGUGUUGCAGUAGCUGCUGAAUGGUUCUGAUUCUGGUUUGGGGUUUGCUUCAUUUCAUACAUGGGUGUUUCCUGCUAUCUUUGUAAAUACCCAAUAAAGUUGUUCUCGGUGGUGGAGAUUCAGAUGCCUAUGGGACUCUCUGCGUCUUCUUCCUUUAGUUUCUUAAACAUGUAUAUAUCUAUCCAGUCAUUUCAGUUGUGUUGGACGCCCAGAAAGGGAUUGUUUUAUUGUACUUGGUUUGUUGGAGCACUGGACUUAUAGGAUGGGAAAUUUGUUUUUCUUUAAUAUGGUUUUAUUAAACGUCAAAUAGGUUA